AUGAAGAUCUUCAUCUCCAUUUUUGCAGUUUCCAUUACAGUUUUCUUCUUCCUCUCACUCUCUGCAGCUUUCUCAUGGACUCUCUACUUGUCUGCCACAAUCCACAAGAGUUAUAUGUUCUUACUCUGCAAUAGCCUACUUGUUUUCAUUUGUCUAAAUUCUCCCUCUACUGUUAAUUCACUGGAUGGAAGUAGAACAGUUGGUGAAGUUGGAGAUGAGAAAGAAACGGGAUCAUUGCAUGUUGUACGAGUUUUCGAAGAUCAGAUUCUGAUUGCGGAGGACAACGAUGAGAAGGCUGGUGAAACUCUGUUUGUUGAAGAAACUCGAGAUGAUGAAUUAGAAGUCAGGGAGGAUGAUAUGACUCUCUUUGUCAUUGAAGAAAUUCACGAUGAUGAAUUAGAGGCGAAGGAUGAUAGGACUCUCUCGGUUGUUGAGGAAAUUCACGAUGAUAAUGAACAAGAACAAGGAGGCGGCGAUGUUGAUAUGAUUCUCUCAAUCGUUGAAGAAACUCGAGAUGAUGAGUUAGAAGUUGUGGAGGAUGAUAUGACUCUCUUUGACGUUGAAGAAACUCAAGAUGAUGAAUUAGAGGCGGCGGAUGAUAAGACUCUCUCAGUCGUUAAAGAAACUCACGAUGAUGAACAAGAACAAGAACAAGGAGGCGGCAAUGAUAUGAUCAGUUUAGAGGAGUUGAACAAAAAAUUUGAUGAGUUCAUAAGAACAACUAGAAUGAAAAUAAGAGCUGAAUUACUAACAAUACAAUGUUAUUAG